AUGUCGGCAGUACUGCGGCCUGUCAAGGCGGCCCUGAACCGAGUUCAUGGAGCGUUCAGUCUCGAACUGCAGAACGAGGGCAGCGUUGCCCGCGAUCACCUUGCAUCGGAAAGGACCUUCCUCGCAUGGCUCCGGACGAGUCUCAGUCUGGUCAGCAUCGGCAUCGCUGUGACACAGCUCUUCCAGCUCCCGUCGCUGGUCGGAACACCACAACACCCGCAGCCAGGGCUCGCUUUUCCACAAGACCCCGUACUCGACUGGUCCGACACAGCGCCCCAUAUCUUGCUCUCCCAGCGACUGGCCAACAUCGCAAAGCUAGGCAAGCCAUUAGGCGGCUCGUUCAUCCUCCUCGGCGUUUGCGCUCUUCUGCUCGGAUGCUACCGCUACUUUGCAGUACAGGCCACGCUCGUACGCGGCAAGUUUAUACCCUCUAGAGUCGGAAUUCUGACCAUUUCAUUACUUGUCGGCGCACUCGUGGUUGCAGCGACGGCUGUGAUCCUUGCAGGGCGGCACACAUACUAA